UUCAGUCCUUGGCCAUUCUCAUCUGAGUCCGAAGCAAGAAGCUACCGGAGAGGAAGAGAGAGAGAGAGAGAGAUCGCAAUUCAUCAUAUCACACCAAAACGAAGAAAUCAAAAUAGAAAAAAUAAUUCGUCGAUCGUUUCCAUAGCUGAAGGAAUCGAAUCGAACGAGCAAAUAUGUUACCAACAUCUUCCAAAGGACGUUCUUCCUCCUCUUCCUCUUCAUCUUCUUCCCGACCUAAUUCCACUCUUCUUCCCUACCUCCGCAGAAUUAUCAAGUGGCAACAAAUGGAUGUUGAAUACACUUUUUGGCAAAUGUUUCAUCUAUGUACAUCACCUAAAGUUGUCUAUCAGCAUACAAAAUAUCACAAACAAACCAAGAAUCAAUGGGCACGUGAUGACCCUGCAUUUGUUGUGAUCUGCAGCCUUCUUUUGGCUGUUGCAACUUUGGCAUAUUGUGCAGCGUAUGACCAUAGUACUGGCCAUGCACUUCUUGUUGUCUUCUCAGUGUUGGUUUUCCAUUUUCUAUUGACUGGCAUAUUUCUGGCAACUUUUUGUUGGUUCCUGACUAAUUCUUAUCUUCGAGAAGAGGCUCCAAACAGUUAUGUGGUUGAACAGCGUGUUGAAUGGAUGUACGCAUUUGACGUGCACUGCAACUCUUUCUUCCCAAUGUUUGUUUUGCUAUAUGUGAUCCAUUAUUUUCUGUCUCCUUUAUUGGUGGCUCAUGGUUUCAUUCCAUUGUUGCUAUCAAAUCUAUUAUUCAUGGUGGGAGCUUCAUACUACCAUUAUCUAAAUUUCUUAGGUUAUGAUGUUCUGCCCUUUUUGGAGAGGACCACUUUUUUCCUGUACCCAAUUGGUGUAGUAAUUGUCCUUUCACCCAUUUUGAUUUUGAGUGGCUUCAAUCCUUCUAGAUACUUUAUGAACGUGUACUUCAGUCGACAAAUAUGAAUAUUCCAGCUAAAACUUUUGACUAGAGUGUGUCCUGUUGAGGCUAUAAAGUAAUACAGUCUACAACAUAAGAAGCCUUUAAUGAAUGUUUGAUUGUUUGUUUGACGAAUGCAGUAGCCGAUGCAUCGUUUUAGGCCUUCGACCACUAUCUAUCGAUGUUGGACUGUAGUAAGUCAGGGUAGUCAAGUGUAUUUUUUUAUAGUUAUUGAAUAGAAUAUUUGUUCAAAUGAAUAUAUACUCAUUGUAAUGAUUUUUCUGUCAACCCGGCAUCUUUCCGCUUCUCAACAAAGAUAGUUUUCUGUGACUC